UAUUAAAUAAAUAUAUUGGGGACUAGUUAUGAAAUUUUUCCCUAGCUAUUUAUCGGCUGCAAGCCUCUUCCGCCUUCAUCAUCGCCCAGUGGGUUCAAGGGCGAACACACAGCAAACUUGUGUGAUGGGUUCCAAUAGCAAAGUUCUUUUAGACUUGGAGUCCAAUGAUAACACUACCAACUCUUCAACCUCAUGCUUAGAGUCAAGACUUCAAUUUUGCGGCAAAGAUGAUGUCCUUUUGCAGUCUGGAACUAUGAAAAUAAAUCCUCCUCAGCAGAAGCCCACAAUUUGUCCUCUUCCCAAGAGCAAUGUUUUGGGGAAAGUGAAGGAUUUCCUAGGCGUUUUAUCAGAGUCAAAUAGAAAUAUGAUGCAAGAAGCCAAGGACAAUCCUGAAAAUUAUGAUAUUGAAGUCCUGAGUGGAAGAGAAUCUGAAUACAUAGAAAUGGACUUGAUGCUGGGCAUUGCUGAUCUUCAUACCCCUGAAGCCGUUGCUGCUGCAGAGUCUGCAAUAGCUGGUUAUCAACCAAUAAUUCCCUUGGCUGGUGAUAGUAGUAGUGGGUCAGAAUCAGAAGAUAGCAGUGAUGAUGAUGAUGACAACAAUGUCGAGGACGAUAAAGAAGAACAUUCUGCAAAAUUUAGUUCUGAGGCGAAUGAAAAGGAUUCAAGCAAAGCACCAAGGAAUCAGAAAUCAAGAAAACGGCCAAACAUUGUUGAGAUUUCUUAGAUUCUGAUGCUUUUUAGGUAACUAUUGAGUUUUGUUGUAGAAAAUGAAGUCACGGUCUGCUGGUGCAUGGUCGACCAGGAAUUUCGGUUAGACGAGUGAUUCAGCGAAUGCACCCGUGAUAUCAAACCUUUGAUCGUGCUCUCUCUCUCUCUCUCUCUCUCUCUCUCUCUCUCUCUCUCUCUCUCUCUCUCUCUCAAGUGUGAUUCAAAGUGAAUCAUUAGGUCAGAAAACAAGAACAGAUCAUAUUUGCUACCAAGUGGGAAUCAUAUUUUAUUUGCUUCA